CAGCAGCCUGUUGGCAUCCCCAUGAUAUAGUUCGGCUAAACCGUAAACAAUAGACAUCAGACGUUAAGUAUAGGUCGUCUGCUGUUAGUAAAGUUGUGACAGGAGUUACAUUAUAAAUGGAAUUGUUCAAUAAGCGCUCUUGAUUUACUUUUCGAAACAAUUCAUGUUGGAUAUGGAAUCCACAGGAGAGAAAGAGGCAGUCCCACUGUGCAGCAGAAUAGACAUCAAAGAAGAGCCAAUAUCAGCCGACCCAUAUGAGCAGCCAGAAACUGAAGAGUUCUAUAUUGAAGAAGGAAAUAAAGUGGAAAUUUCUGAAGAUGAUGAUGUGUAUGAGCCGAUAAAGGUGAAGAAAGAGGCAUGUCUGUCAGAAGAAGAAACCACAUCUCCACUUGAUGCAGCUCACAUAAAAAAGGAACCUGAGUUACAAAUUGACGUGGAGCCAACCAAUUGUGGCAGUGACCAAGAGAGUAGUGUACCUCCUGGCGUGGGAACGGACGGCAAUGGCAGUGGCGGUUCCCUAGAACGCACCACCAAGCAGGAAGCCUUCUGUGAGCACGAAGGCGAUGCUCAACAUCUCGCCAGCAGCUGCAACACCUGCAGAAAGACACCUCUGUACCUGCAGGACCCGAAGGAGCAUAAACAGGUGACCAAUCGUCUAAAUUCGUUCGCGUGCAGUGUGUGUCACAGAAGGUUCAAAGGAAGAGAACACCUGAAGAAGCACUCCCUCCUCCACAGCGAGCGCCCAUAUAAAUGUGACGUGUGCAACAAGGCGUUCAGACACUGCGGCACGCUGAAGAUGCACUCACGGCAACACACGGUGGAACGCCCUUACGUCUGUGAAGUGUGCCACAAGGCGUUCAAGGUUUUCGGCAGCUUCGAGAGUCACUCACGUCUGCACGCGACCGAACGUGUGUACUUCUGUAAAGUGUGUCACAAAACGUUCAAGUGUCUCGGCAACACGAAGGGGCACUCGUGCGUGCCCAGGAGCGAACGUCCUUACUUGUGUUCCGUGUGUCACAGAAAGUGCAAAACUGUCGACGAGUUGAGGAGCCAUUCACGAGUGCACAAACGCGAACGCCCGUGUAUUAGAAACGUGUGUCGUAAGAAAUUCACAGGCAGCAACGCCGUUAAGAAGCAGCCCACUGUGCGCGUGAAUAAAGGCCCCCAGACCUGUGACGUGUGUCAGAGGAUAUUCCCGUGCGGGAGCAAACUGAGGGAACAUUCCAGAGUGCACACCGGCGAACGUCCGUUCACUUGCGGCGUCUGCCCCAAGGCAUUCAAGCGAAGGUCUUGCCUGAAACGACACAUGGCAGUGCACAGCCUCUAACGGCCUUAUGACUGUGUUGGGUGCUGUAAGACGUUGAAGACUAGAUGUGGCUUUAAGACGCGUCGAAUCUCAUGUCCUUAGACUACUCUUAUGACUGCUUGUGCUGCAAGGGCUAAGUGUUUCUGCAACUUGUCAGUUGGAAUCCUUCGGUGCUGCACCUGUGCUAGGGUGAAACGUCAGCUGUGUCAUCGCUGUGACCAUGGUUGUAACAUAGCUAUAUGAAUGCGUGGUGUUUAUUGUCCAUCGAGGCGAAUCAAUUAUAUGACGUUAUACUUUCUGUUAUUUCGGACAUGCCGGAAAGAACAGACACCACGCAAUCAUAAUAAUACAGGGUGUAUCAAACAGAAUCAUCCGAUUUGGAACGCCUAUACAGGGUGUUUCAAAAAGAACAUACGUAUUUCGAAUGCGUUCAUUCAUUCAUUCAUAUUAUUUUUGUUCUUAUGGACAGUGUUUGACCUAAUAUACCUCAUGAUGACACAAUUUUCACUUCUUUCCUUUCUUCCUUCUCUCUUCUCAAAAAUCUCAUCAUCCUCUGACUAUGCCCUUGUUUCCUUUGUUCCGUCCAUAAUGCUCCCGUCUUCCUCUUCUCAUUUACCAUAAAUUUUUCGUUCCUAAUUUUGUUCCUGAAUUCCUUUCUGUCUUUUAUCAUUUGUUUGUUGUUCCCCAGCUGCCUUAUGUCUUCCUCUAUUUCAUGAUACCAAUUUGUUUUAAGGCUUGAAUGUUUUACUAUAUCAAAGAUUCUCUUCGUAAGUUCGGUGUUGUCCAUUCUCUGUAUGUGUCCGUAGAAAUUUAGUCUGCGUUUUCUGAUCAUGUCUGUGAGUCUAAAAAAUGGUUCAAAUGACUCUGAGCACUAUGGGACUUAACAUCUGUGGUCAUCAGUCCCCUAGAACUUAGAACUACUUA